AUGGCUGACUCCGAUGCCCCCGUCACUUUGCGUACUCGCAAGUUCAUCCGCAACCCACUCCUGGGCCGCAAGCAGAUGGUUGUUGACAUCCUACACCCUAGCCGACCCAACAUCUCCAAGGACCAGCUGCGCGACAAGCUUGCCAGCAUGUACAAGGCCCAGAAGGACCAGAUCUCCGUCUUCGGUCUGCGCACAGCAUUCGGUGGUGGCAAGACCACCGGCUUCGCUCUCGUUUACGACUCCCCCGAGGCCAUGAAGAAGUUCGAGCCCCAAUACCGUCUGGUCCGUGUCGGCCUGGCUACCAAGGUCGAGCGUGCGAGCAGACAACAGCGCAAGCAACGCAAGAACCGACAGAAGACGCUGCGCGGUACCGAGAAGGUCAAGGGCAAGAAGGCGAAGAAGGAAUAA